AACAGUCGUGAUAUUCCUGGCCUGGAGUACGGUGAUAUUCUGCAAAUUCAGCCGUCAUCGUCCGACCAAAAGCCAUUCUAUCUGCAAUACGUUCACGAUGAUCCAGAGUAUACGACCUACAAAGAUAAACAAGAUAGACGCAUUUGGUUGGACAAGAACAUAAUCGACUCUUUCGAAAUCGCUCUGCCACAAGUGGUGAGCGUAAAGGUGGUCGAUCAGAAACAG